AUGGGAGGCAACCAGACAUGGAUCACAGAAGUCACCCUGCUGGGAUUCCAGGCUGACCCAGCACUGGAGUUUUUCCUCUUUGGGCUUUUCUCUCUCUUCUAUACCCUUACCCCUUUGGAAAAUGGAGUCAUUCUGGGGCUUAUCUGCUUAGACUCAAGACUUCACACCCCCAUGUACUUCUUCCUCUCACACUUGGCCAUCAUUGGCAUGUCCUGUGCUUCCAACAAUGUCCCCAAGAUGCUGGCAAAUCUUGUGACCCAGAAAAGAACCAUUUUCUUUGUUCCCUGCAUUAUGCAGACAUUUUAAUAUCUAGCCUUUGCUCACACAGAGUGCCUGAUUUUGGUGGUGAUGUCUUAUGACAAGUAUGUGGCCAUCUGUCACCCCCUACAUUACAUUGUCACCAUGAGCUGGAGAGUGUGCAUUGUCCUGGCCAUCACAUCCUGGGUGUUAAGCUUCCUCCUGGCUCUGGUCCAUUUAGUUCUCUUUCUGAGACUACCCUUCUGUGGGCUCCGUGGAAUCGACCACUUCCAUGAAAUCCUGUCUGCUCGAGCUGCCUCUGCUGACACUAGGCUGAACCAACUUGUCAUCUCUUCGGCCUGUGUUUUUAUUUUACCGGGGCCCCUCUGCUUGGUGCUGGUCUCCUCCACGCACAUCCUGGUUGCCAUCCUGAGGAUGCAGUCAGGUGAGGGCCGCAGAAAGGCCUUCUCCACCUUCUCCUUCCACCUCUGUGUGGCUGGGCUCUUCUUUGGCAGUGCCAUCGUCAUGCACACGGCCCCCAAAUCCAGCCACCCUGAGGAGCAGCAGAAGAUCCUUUCCCUGUUUUACAGUCUUUUCAACCCUGUGCUGAACCCGCUGACGUACAGCCUGAGGAAUGUAGAGGUCAGUGGUGCCCUGUGGAGAGUGCUGUGGAAGGACAGGCCAGUGUGA